AAUCUUUCCUACACUCAACAGAGUUUGAAGAUUAAACAUGGGUAGAUCUCCUUGUUGUGACGAGAGUGGCCUCAAGAAAGGUCCCUGGACCCCUGAAGAAGACCAAAUACUUGUCAAAUAUAUUCAAAAACAAGGCCAUGGAAGCUGGAGAGCCCUCCCCAAACUUGCAGGUCUUAACAGAUGUGGGAAGAGCUGUAGAUUGAGAUGGACUAAUUAUUUAAGGCCUGAUAUCAAGAGAGGGAAGUUUUCGCCUGAAGAAGAAGAAACAAUCCUCAAUCUUCAUUCAAUUCUUGGCAACAAAUGGUCAGCAAUUGCGAGCCACCUACCAGGGAGGACUGAUAAUGAGAUCAAAAACUUCUGGAACACUCAUCUGAAGAAGAAACUGAUUCAGAUGGGAUUUGAUCCAAUGACUCACCGGCCAAGAACCGAUAUCUUCUCGAGCUUGCCUCAUCUUAUAGCUUUGGCUAACUUAAAGGAGUUCAUGGAUAAUCACUCUUGGGAAGAGCAGGCUGUGAGAUUACAAGCAGAAAUGAGUAAAUUGCAGUACUUACAAUGCCUCCUUCAACCCUCAUCUGGUUCAGUUCCGACAAGCCAAACUUCUGCUUUUGAUAUGGACACCAUUAAUCUUUUGAACUCACUUUCUUCAAUCAAAGAGAAUAAUAACAACAACUCCCCAAACCGUUUAAAUUUAUCACCCCAACUGGAUAUAGGAGCUGCCUCUCUUCAAUCUCUCAACAACUCAAUCACUUUCUCUCAUAUGCCAAAUUUACAAGUCCCUUGUAGCUUUCAAACAACUCUAAACAGCAAGGAUACAAUUCAAGCUCCUGACCAGUUUCCUUCUGUUUCAAUAAACUCACCUAAUUCUCCAUGGCAGCAGCUUGCUCCAUCUUCAACACCAACACAAUCUCCUCUUUCCAUGGCUCUGCCGCCUCCGUUAACCGACGCUUCCAUCAAGUACAACACUUUGGGGGAUGCUUGUAGUACUUCAGUUUGGCCUGAUCUCCUCCUUGAAGACCCUUUGUUUCAUGAGAUUGCUUAGUUAAUUUCUAGAUAUAUAGCAUGAGUGUGAGACUACUGCAGGUUUGGAGUUAAUUCUAUACAACCACCUUAAUGUAUAUUAUAUCUUCCCUCUAGUCCGUCCAUUUUAUGUAUAAUUCUUCCUCCCUCAUAGACAUCAAACAUGUGAUCACUUUUUCUCAUCAAUAUAUAUUAGAUAUAA